GAGCCGGAUGUUACGUUAGCUGAGCAUAUGAGCCCGAUCGAGGCGCCUCUCUAACGUUGAAAAGUGUCAAAAGGUUUAUCAGGAGUCCAGGACCAGGGGCCAACGCAUGCAGGUUAUUCUUGAAUCACCGAGACAGCAAAGUUUAUAACUUUUUACAUGAAGGCUCGGACCACGAGAGCAUCAUCAUCAUGAGCAAGCUGAGCCAUGGCAUGGGCCUUGUUCUUUCAUGCGUGGUGGCAGUAGUAGUACUAGUAGUGAUGCCGAUUUCCUUAUCAAUUGCUCACAGUCACAUACACAGUCAUGACAGUCAGGCUCAGAGUGAAGAAGUGAAACGUUGCAUCCCAAAGAAGUUUUCAGGAUCUGAAUCCUUUGUAUGUGUGUGCAAUUCAACCUACUGUGAUACUGUGUCCAGUUAUGACCCUCUCACGAGCACAAAGUUUACCGUCUUCUCUUCGAGUAGUGCCUCUGAUCGGUUGGCCAAGCAUGUCUACAACAUAUCGGAACAGUCUAAUAUUACAGAUCAUGGACUGAAGUUCACUGUCGAUGCUAGUCUUAGAUACCAGACUGUGAUUGGCUUUGGAGGUGCCUUUACAGAUGCAGCUGGGAUGAAUUUCUUCAACCUUUCAGUUGGGGCGCAAGAUCUUCUCAUCAAAUCUUAUUUCUCAAGCAAUGGUAUUGAAUACACUAUGGGGCGAAUUCCAAUGGCAAGCUGUGAUUUCUCCACCCAUCCUUACUCUUAUGAUGAUAACAAUGGAGAUUUUAGUCUUGAGAACUUCUCUUUAGCCAAGGAGGAUCUUCAGUUUAAGAUUCCAAUGAUCAAGUCUGCUCUCGAGCACUCGUCAAGACCGGUCAAGCUGUUUGGAAGUCCCUGGUCAGCCCCAGCUUGGAUGAAGACAAAUGGACAUAUGAAUGGAAAAGGUCAACUGAUUGGGGAGCCUGGGGGAAAGUACUUCAAGACUUGGGCUCAAUAUUUUGUGAGAUUUGUUGAAGAAUACAAGAAAAAGAACCUGACUUUGUGGGGCUUGACUGUCCAAAAUGAACCUAUUGAUGGCGCUAUUAAACACUUCCCCUUCCAGGCAAUGCACUUCACCGCCGAGAUGGAGCGGGAUUUUAUCAAGCUAGAUCUAGGCCCUGCUCUAGAGUCCUCAGGUCUUCAACCGAUUCAUCUCAUGAUGCUUGAUGGACAGAGCUUUCAUCUUCCAACUUGGCCACAAAUGGUUCUUGGGGAUCCUGAAGCUAAAAGGUUUGUCUCAGGAAUAGGAGUCCACUGGUACAUAGACAAGUACACACCCUAUGAACUGAAGCUUUCUGAGACACAUCAGCUCUUUCCUGAGCAGUUCUUGCUCUACACAGAGGCCUGCUAUGACUCUACCUUCUCAAGCAAAUCUGUUGACCUUGGCAGCUGGUCCAGGGGUGAGGGAUACAGCAAGAGCAUCAUCACUGUAAUGAACAAUUGGGUGACUGGUUGGGUGGACUGGAACCUAGCACUCAAUAUGGAAGGUGGACCUAACUGGGCCAAGAACUAUGUAGAUAGUCCUAUCCUUGUUAAUGCUAGUAAUGAUGAGUUCUACAAGCAGCCGAUGUACUAUCAUCUAGGUCACUUCAGUAAAUUCAUUGUGCCAGGUUCAGUGAGAAUAGGAACUAGCCGGCAAGAAACGGGGGACAUCAAGAUGGAUAGUGUUUACAGCGUUGCUUUCAGCCUGCCUGAUGGGUCCAGGACAUUUGUUAUUCUCAAUAUGGCAAACGAGGAGUACCCAAUUAGCAUCCAUGAUCCUUCAGUUGGUUUCAUCAACGGAGUCUUACCUCCAAGAGCUAUACAGACAUACAUAUGGAAGCCAUCUUAACUGAUCCCCUACUUGAAAUGAGCUGUCCUUGUACAGCGUCGUAGAGGAUCGCAAAAUUCAGUGGUCAAUGGAUUAAUGAGUAUAAUAUGCUUCAGACAGUGAUAUUGGUGAUUUGAUAAAACGCUUUAAGGUACAGUGUCUUGCGGUCACUGUAUCCCCAAAGCUACCAAUCACACGUCGAAUGUGAAUAAAAAGAGAGAAUAAAAGAUGCAGGAGAUUCGAUACCAUCUCUAAAGUGUGCACAAGACCAAAUAACAAUUAGCCAAGCAUGUAUUAGACUACAUGGCAAUCAGUAAAGUGUGUAUAUUAGACUAAAUGACAACCAGUCUAGUGUGUAUUAGACUAAUGAUGACAAUCAGUCAAUUGUGUAUUUGAAUAUAUGACAAUCAGCAAAGUGUGUGUAUAUUAGACUAAAUGACAAUCAGCUUAUCAGACUGAAUGACAAUCAGCCUAUCAGACUAAAUGACAAUCAGUCAAAUGUGUACAAGACUAAAUGACAAUCAGUCAAGUGUGUAUUAGACUAAAUGACAAUCAGUCUAGUGUGUAUUAGACUAAAUGACAAUCAGUAAAGUGUAUAUUAGACUAAAUUACAAUCAGCCAAGUGUGUAUUAGACUAAUGAUGACAAUCUGUCAAUUGUGUAUUAGACUAAAUGACAAUCAGCCAAGUGUGUGUAUAUUAGACUAAAUGACAAUCAGCCUAUCAGAGUAAAUGACAAUCAGCAAAGCACCUUUUAGUUUUACCAAACAUUUUUUUAUAUUCAAAUUAAUAAGUUUAACCAAGAUGAAAAUCAGCCUUAUGUGUUUUAGACCAAAAGAUGGACUGUCUGGCCUUAAUUAAUAAUAGACCAUGUACAUACUUUUCUACAUAGUGUUAUUUAAUCAGGCAAACCUGCAUGAGUCAUAAUGGUUGUGAAUUCUUGUACUCAGCACUCAGCAGUUGAUACUUUUUUGUGGCUCAGUCAAGUUUUCUCUUCUUGGGGCUUUGAUCUUGGCCUUCUUUUACUUAUUUCAAGAAACUAAGACUUCUUUUACCUUCAGCAAAACACUUUCAUCUUAAAGCGUAUCCUGUAUGUUCAGGAAUCACUGCAUAGAUUUCUUUAUUUUUCUUUUAUGUUGAAAGGAUUUUCUUUCCAAUGACAUGAACUUGAUGAAGUAAUUUUCCGUUUUUAUUGAUAUAUGGUAGAUAUAUAUUGGUUUUCUUUAAGAAUGUAUGUAUUUCCUCCAGUCAUGCCUCACAAGAAACUUUGACAUGCAGAAAUUUCUUUUCUUUAUCUGUCUAUUCAUUUCAAGUUUCAUGAUCAAGCAGUUCUGUCAGAGGUUUAAUGUAAGUUUUAAAUAAAAUAAUUUAUUCUCUCUUCAAAUCAUCUUUACAUCCCUCCACUUAAACCUUAUAUGAAAUUUAAUCAUGACCAUUUUUGUCUUACCAACCAAAGGUGAGAAUGAGACCAAGCCGUAUCCAAAUGUUGUCCGUCCAUCACAAACAUUAACAGAUAACUUUGCAACCGUAAGGCACUUUUCGACCAAACUUGGAUUGUAGAUGAAUGCCACCAUGCAUGUCUCACUUUUCAAAAGAACUUCAAAAACUCUGUUCUCUUAAUUGUAUUUA